AUGGUUGUUGGCGAGAAGCGUGCUGCUCACCUGGGCCUGACCGAUGGAUUCCGGAUGUGCCUCGCGUUCCACGAUCUUUCACCCCAAGCUGCGACGCUUUUCCUAGUCAUGCCUAAGGAGCCAGUUAUCGGGUUAUCUGAAGCAGAAGAUUCUGGGGAAUCUGAAGAGGUCGAAGAACCCGCACAUUACCAACAACCGCUCUUCGCACGACGAGUGGACCCGGACUGGCUACCUAAGGCCAUGGUUGUGGACGAAGGGCCCGAGGGUGGGCAGUCUGUGUAUCGCAUACAUCUACGUGUUCUGGGUGGCCGUCAGUUGGGCUGGCCGCCCGGCUAAGAGUUUUGCACUGCAGGAGUUGCCGCACGUGUACAAAU